GAGCAUGUUGGAGGCCUUUGGAAGCUGUGAAGACAACAGCAACUUCAGCCUGCAUCAUUUUUUUCAAUCGCAGACAGGCCGCCAAGAGGCAUGACCAAGAACGGAGUGCAGCGGCGGGCGGGGCCGGAGAGCGAAGGUGGGCGUGGCCGCAGUGGGCGGGGCGGCUGAGCAGGUGAGCUCCCAGCUCCUGCCUGAGAGGGUUGCUUCCACGUCCAGGUCUUUGUGCUCCUCGCCUGCCCUUUUUCUUUGCGGAGCGUUUUCCAGGAUACUGUGACUCCAGGCCCACAAUGGAUGCCCUGCAACUGGCAAAUUCGGCUUUUGCUGUUGAUCUGUUCAAACAACUUUGUGAAAAGGAGCCAGUGGGCAAUGUCCUUUUCUCUCCAAUCUGUCUCUCCACCUCUCUGUCACUUGCUCAAGUAGGUGCUAAAGGUGACACCGCAAAUGAAAUUGGACAGGUUCUUCACUUUGAAAAUGUCAAAGAUGUGCCCUUUGGAUUUCAAACAGUAACAUCAGCUAUAAACAAACUUAGCUCCUUUUACUCAUUGAAAGUAAUUAAGCGGCUCUACGUAGACAAAUCUCUGAAUCCUUCAACAGAGUUCAUCAGCUCUACAAAGAGACCUUAUGCCAAAGAAGUGGAAACUGUUGACUUCAAAGAUAAACCGGAAGAAACGAAAGGGCAGAUCAACAAUUCAAUUAAGGAUCUCACAGAUGGCCGCUUUGAGAACAUUUUAGCUGAUGAUGGUGUGAAUGACCAGACCAAAAUCCUUGUGGUUAAUGCUGCCUACUUCGUUGGAAAAUGGAUGAAGAAAUUUCCUGAAUCAGAAACAAAAGAAUGCCCUUUCAGAGUCAACAAGACAGACACCAAACCAGUGCAAAUGAUGAAUAUGGAAGCCACGUUCUGUAUGGGAAACAUCGACAGUAUCAACUGUAAGAUCAUAGAGCUUCCUUUUCAAAAUAAACACCUCAGUAUGCUUAUCCUACUACCCAAGGAUGUGGAGGAUGAGUCAACAGGCUUGGAGAAGAUUGAAAAACAACUCAGCUCAGAGUCGCUGUUGCAGUGGACUAAUCCCAGCACCAUGGCCAACGCCAAAGUCAAACUCUCCAUUCCAAAAUUUAAGGUGGAAAAGACAAUUGAUCCCAAGGCUAGUCUGGAAAACCUAGGGCUGAAACAUAUCUUUAACGAAGACACAUCUGAUUUCUCUGGCAUGUCAGAGACCAAGGGAGUGGCUCUAUCAAAUGUUAUCCACAAAGUGUGCUUGGAAAUAACUGAAGAUGGCGGGGAUUCCAUAGAGGUGCCAGGAUCACGGAUCCUGCAGCACAAGGAUGAAUUCAAUGCCGACCAACCAUUUAUUUACAUAAUCAGGCACAACAAAACUCGAAACAUUGUUUUCUUUGGCAAGUUCUGUUCUCCUUAAGUGGCAUAGCCUACCUUAAGUCCCCCUAACUUUUCUACGGAUUCAGAUUUUUGUAAACUCUACUUCUAGAGAAUCACUUUCUAAAUAUAAUACAUUGCUAAUGUUGCUGAAUCAGGAA